GAGAAACAAAAAAAAGAGGGACCCCCCCACGCCCAGAGCAGAGCGUGCGUGUGGUCGCUCCGCUUUACUUGUCGCGUUGCUUUGGGGACCGAUCAAUGCAGAUCUCUUCUGCCGCCGAAGCCCUGGGUAGCAUCGAGGGCGCGAGGAUAAGAAUGCCUCUCGCCCUGCACUCCCCUCCGUUCCUCCCUCCUCCAUGCCCCUGCCUCGCUUUCGGGGGCGCGAAGAUGAACGCACGCUGGGACUUCGGCGGUGCAAGGCGCGAGAUCGGCCGACCGAGGUCGCUGCUGUGGCAGCCGGGGCGCCCUCGCCUUCAGUCGCGUUUGCCUGGGGCGCGACGGCCAGGAGCCCCUGGUGGAGCCGCUGGCGGGCUCGCACGAGACGGGCAGGCACGGCGGCUCCAGGUCCAGUUCUGCCACCUCGUGCGUCACCAGCAUGGCCUCGGUGAGGUCGGCGGUGGCCCAGAUCGUGUGCAGAGGCUGCCAUUUCCUGCGGGCGGUGCUCACCAUGCUGGUGAUGGGCAUUCGGCUGGGCCUGUUCUCGCUGCUGCUCUUGGUGCCCUUCUUGCGCGUGGGGCGCAAAUACUUCGUAGAUUCUCGCAUCUCCCGCGGGAUCCGGUUCGGGGCCAGGCCACGGCAGCUGGUACGAUGGCGGAUCUACUGCCAAGAGAGCGCCCCCAGUCGCGAGUGCGAAGGCUACCCAGUGGUGGUGGCAGUGAUGGGUGGCGCGUGGGUGAUUGGUCACAGGGCCUGGAACGCGCAGCUAGGGCAGCGGGUCAUGGAUGCUGGUGCCAUCAUGGUGGCAAUCGACUACCGCAACUACCCCUUCUCCUGCGUGGCGGACAUGCUGGAGGAUCUCGACGCGGGGCUUGCCUGGGUCUUCCAGAACGUGGCCUCGUACGGCGGGGAUCCCACCAACGUCGUACUGACCGGCCAAAGCGCUGGCGCGCACCUGACGUCCUUGUUGCUGCUGCGGCGCAGCCUGCAGGAGGCCCAGAACGAGGCCGACGAUCCGGAGGCCGCGGCCGCCUCGGAGGCCGCCGUGGAGCGGCUCGCGGCAGGCCCCCACGGCGGCGCGUGGUCGCCGCGGGACCUGAGGGGCUACGUGGGCGUCUCCGGCCCCUACUGCAUGUCCGCGCUGGCGCAGCGCCUUGAGGCGCGCUGGCUGGGCUCCUGGCUGCUCUGGCGGGUCUGCGCCGGCAACCUGGACGAGUGGUCGCCGCUGGCGCUGGUGCAGAGCGAGGCGUGGCGCGCGGUGGGCCCCGGGGCCGCUGCCGCCCGGCUGCCCAAGAUGAAGCUGUUCCACGGGCAGGACAAGACCGUCCCCGCCAGCAGCUCCGUGGAGUUCGCGGCGGCCCUGCAGCGCGAGGGCGUACAGGCCGAGGCCGAUGUGAGACUGGAGCUUCACCACGCAGACGUGAUCAUCGAGGGGCCGAUGUGUGGCGAGGACCCGACUACCAGAUCCAGCUGCUGCUGCCUUUCCUGCGCCUCCCGGGCGGCGCCGUCUGCGACGACUGGCUGCGCACCCUGCCGCCGCUGCGCCCGAUGUUCCCGCGGAUGGUCAUCCGGCUCGCAUCGAGACUGAUGCCCUUCUGACGCCCUUGGUUUAGGAGGAGGAG